AUGGCCAACAUCACUCCAACCCUAAAGUGCAUGUGCACAAUAACACUCUUCAUUCUCUUCCUCCUCUCCUACACCGUUUCUUCUUCUUCUUCUUCUUCUUCUUCACACUCCACCCUAACACAGAUCCAACACCAAAACCCUUCUCCAACCACCACCCCUAUACAGCACUACCAAGUCUUCUACCUCAAGAACACGCCCUCCACCACCCCUUUUACCAGACAAGAACGCUUCAAGAAGAGAAGAAUGAGGAGAAACAAGAACAUGAUGAGGCACAGAAAGAAGAUGGUGCUCAAGAACAUGCAUCACUCACGUGAAUCACAACCUUUCUCUGUGAUGCUCCCAAAGGGUUUUGUCCCUCCUUCUGGCUCCUCCCCUUGCCACAAUGAUCAACCCAAUACUGUCUCUUCCUCCUUCCACUGCCAUCUCAGUACCACUGCACAACCUUGA